AUGGAUUUUAUUAAUUCGACACCAACAAGUGAAAUAAUUUUUUUAAUAUCAUCUUCAUUAUGCGCUCUGGAAAUUUUACCAAUGAUAAAAGAUUUGAGACAAUUGGAUUCAGCAUUUAUUUAUUCAAUUGAACACGAACCUAAAAUUCAUGAGAAAGUGUUUGAUAAAUAUUCAAAAAUCAUCGGAAUAUUCUAUCAAUUAGAAGAUUUAUUUCAAUCUAUUCGAGAUAAUAUUGAUUUAGUUAUUAAACAAAUUGAAACAUUUAAAUUCUAUGAAAAACAUCAAAAAUCGACUCGUGAAUUAUCGAAAGAAUUCGGUUCGUUUCUUUGGUUACGUUUAUUCAAAGAUAUCGUCCUUCAAUUACCACACGAUGAACAAGCAAAACAAGAAAUGAUUGACAAAUUGAAAGAAUAUUAUUGUAAUAAUAAUAAACAGUUAAAAUUAAUUGAAAAUUUUAAUCAAGAAUAUAAAUCCGAAGAUGCUCUUUGUUGGUAUACUGGACACCCAUUUUUAUACAAGAUAUUGAAUAGAGCUUUGCGUACUGAAGAUACGGAAUUAUUAUAUAAGUUUCGUUAUUUUAUAUCGGAUCUUUCAAAAAAUCUUUUCCGUGAAUAUGAAGUAUUGAAAGAUUCAUUGGAUACAACACUCACAUUCUAUCGUGGUGUUAAAGUAUCGAAAGAAGAAGCUUACAAAUUAGAGUGCAAUGUUGGACAACUUAUUUCGACCAAUAGAUAUUUAUCAACGAGUUUUUCGAAAAAUGUUGCUGUAGCAUUUGUUAGUGAAUCAACGGACGAAUAUGAAAGAAUUCUAUUCGAAAUUGAAUGUGAUCUAAGAAAAAUCGUUUCAAUUAUCUUGGCUUCGAUAGCUCACUACAGUAAACAUCGAUUUGAAGACGAAGUUUUAUUUGAUUUGGAUGCAGCAUUUGAAAUAUUAUCAGUUUCAAAAGAUGUAUCAUUGAAUGCUUUGGUUGUGAAAAUGAAAGCAACCGAUGAAGGAUCGACACUUGCUUGA